AUAGAAGUUGAAAAAAAAAAAGAAAGAAACGAAAGAAGAAAUCUUUAAAAAUGUUCUUGCGUCCAAGGAAUUGGAACUCCGGAUUUCUUUUUUUCUCUUUACUUAUAUAUAUUUCCUUCCUUUCCUUUCCCUUUCCUUUUCUUUUAGUCCCCACUCUCCUUCAAUAAUAUUAUGGAUCAUCCAAAAAGAAUAUUAAAGGAAAUCAAUGAUAUUAAAGAAGAUCCUGAAGCUCACAUAGAAAUCAAAUUUACACAAGAUUUAGAUCAGUUUUAUGCUACGAUUGAAGGUCCUAGAGAUUCACCGUAUGAAGGUGGUAUUUUCUUAGUUGAUAUUAAAUUACUGAGCGAUUUUCCCUUCAAACCACCAAAAAUGCGAUUCCUCACUAAAGUAUAUCAUCCCAAUGUUAGUUCACAAACGGGUGCCAUUUGUCUGGACAUAUUGAAAGAUGCAUGGAGUCCAGCUUUAUCUUUACGUACAGCUUUGCUUUCUUUACAGUCCUUAUUGGCAAGUCCUGUACCAGAUGAUCCUCAGGAUGCACAAGUGGCUUCUCAUUACAAAUCUGAUUACAUAGAUUUUAAAAGGACAGCAAAACAAUGGACUGAAGCUUAUGCUAAUGUAAAUCUAGAUGAUUAUGAAGAUAUAUAGUUAUUUUUUUUUGAUCUAAAUUGAAUGAUUAUUAUAUUGGGAAAUAAAAGUUUUUUUUUUUUUUUGAUUUGUAGUAUGAUGCUUCAAAUU